AAGAAUCCACUUUAGGAUCAAUCCAAUUUAAAAAACAAUUUUUUUUGGAGAUCUCCUCCGUAGAACUAGUUUCAUAUUGACAUGCACACAGACAUAGUGCUAGUGAGGAACCCGUAGUAGUUAAGGACAAUGGUAUGACCCAUUGAAAUGGAGAAAGCAUUUCGAGAAGAAAAAAUCUUCUCAUCCAAGUUGAUUUGACGUUAUGAUUGGAAUCUUAGAAUAGUGAACUCAUCAUCAACUGCUACCUCUUAUUAACAAAUGUCCAAAAUAUCCUCCUAGCCUCGAUCAAAGGAUCAGAUCCCGUGCGGUCUUACACCUUAGGGGAAGGAGAACUUGGUCAAAUUGAAAUUUUCAUGGUGUUCUUGAACAAGGGCAUUUCAUCAUUGGAAAUGAUACUUUGUCAUAUACAUGUCAAGUUAAUGCCAUCUCAGUUCUGAUAUAAGUAUAUGAAUUUCAUGGUUUAAUCCCUACUCUCACUGAUUUAUUUGUUUUGCAGAUGAACUUGAUCUCAAAAUUGAAAAACCCAUACAUUGUAGAUUAUAAAGAUGCUUGGGUGGAAAAGGAAAGCUGUGUUUGCAUUGUGACAAGCUACUGUGAAGCUGGAGACAUGGCUGAGAUGAUAAAGAAAGCUAGAGGAACUUUUCUCCCUGAGAAGAAGCUUUGCAAAUGGCUGACACAGUUGUUGCUUGCUGUGGAUUACCUGCACUCCAACAGGGUCCUCCACAGGGAUCUGAAGUGCUCCAACAUAUUUCUAACAAAGGAGAAUGACAUCCGCCUUGGUGACUUUGGACUUGCAAAACUACUCAGUAAAGAUGAUCUCACUUCUUCGGUUGUGGGAACUCCGAACUACAUGUGCCCUGAGCUCCUUGCAGACAUUCCUUAUGGCUACAAAUCAGAUAUUUGGUCACUAGGAUGCUGUAUGUUCGAAAUUGCUGCACACCAUCCUGCAUUCAGGGCUUCUGAUAUUGCUGGACUAGUCAACAAGAUAAACAGAUCCUCCAUUUCUCCACUCCCAACUGUGUAUUCCUCUGAAUUGAAACGGUUAAUCAAGAGCAUGCUGAGAAAGAAUCCAGAACAUAGACCGACUGCUUCAGAUCUGUUGAGGCAUCCACACUUGCAACCAUACCUCAUUGAAUGCUGCAACCCUUCUUCUGUUUUUCUUCCAGUAAAAACUACAAAUAACUCAGGGGAUAAACCAACACAAAUCCGAUCAUCUAAUAAGUCUAAUGCCGGAAAGGAAGGUAAAGGCAGAGAGUCAAGGAAAGAUGCACCAAGAGAGCCGAGGAGUCCAGAGGAGGUGGUCUCAAACACUGAUGUCCAGCCAAGAAAUCUAAGAAAUGUAGAUAAAACAGAGACCAAAAAGGUUGACCCAACAAGCUAUCGUUACGAAGCAUCUCACAACAAUAGGGGUGUGCAAGGAGGAAGUAGAGACAGUGAGAUGACGUCUCACAGUGGAGAUCAAGUCAAUGCCAAAUGUUUCCAACAAAUAGAAAGCACUGACACAGAAAGCACCUCACUGAAUACGGCAAUUAGUAAUCAAAAAGAUGAACAAAGGGAGGAAAAUUCUCCUGAACAUUACCUGCUAGCAGAAGAGAUUGAUACGAGGACAGGAGUUAUCCCAGAGGAUGGAUCAGCACUGUGUGCUCCAGAGGCUCUUGCGCACAAUCAUAUACAAGGUGACGGUGCAAAAACACAAAACAUGCACAGAGGGGCAUCAUCCAUUGCAGAUUCUAUGGGUCCAGUUGCAUCCAAAGAUGAAGAAACAUCGUCGUCAGCUAGGGAAAAUGUUAUCCAUAACAUAAAUGUAGUAACACACAUCCACUGUUCAAAGCAAGUGGAAAAACCUAGUGACUCUCCACCAUGUGCUCCCCAAGACUGUAUGUCAUCAGGAAGCACAUUCAGUGGUGAUGAUGUAGGACCGGAAACAGUUAAUACUCUCAACCACGAGAAAUCAAGGACUGGUAACAAUGAUGAAAUAAAUUGGGUUACCAAUGAUAUCUCACUGAUGAGUACAUUGACAGCUCUAAACAGUGAUGACACAAGGGCUGAGUUGAAUAAUCAUAGCCAACAAAGAGCUGAUGCUCUGGAGUGCCUGCUGGAGCUAUGUGCACAAUUACUUGAACAGGACAGACUUGAGGAACUUGCGGGAGUGCUGAGACCAUUUGGAGAAGAAGCUGCAUCAUCCAGAGAAACAGCAAUUUGGUUGACAAAGAGCCUAACGACGGCACAAAUAUUUAAUGGGGGAAUCUAUAACUCAAGACCUAAGACUGCACUUAAAUACACUUAUCAGUGCCACCAAACACCAUAAAUUUUGAAGGAGAUAACAAGCACCUAGAAUAUAUCCCAUAUUUCCACCCAUUUCUUGUGU